CCUUGUGUUUCGUUCUAUUGUCCGAUUACAACGGUGCGGUCGCGUGUUCGCUUAAGGACGCGCGCCACAUAGCAGUCUCCAGCCGAGUGACCACUAAUUCAAGACGCCGAAUUAGCUCUUCCAGCUCCUGCGCAGACAUCGUCGAUGGAUCGACCCGGCCUAGACAUCCACCCAUGGCAAUGCCGUACAAUCGGUACUUUGUGGAGAUCGGGCGCGUGGUUUAUCUGACUCGCGGAAAAGACAAGGGUCGGAUUGGCGUCAUCGUCGAUGUCGUCGACCAAAACCGUGCUUUGGUCACCGGUCCGGGCCUCAAGCGCAAACCUCAACUAUUUAAGCAUAUACGGCUCACACCGCAGGUGCUGACGGGUUUCUGUGCAGGCACCAAGGACCGCCUCGUGCAUAAGCAAUUCGUCGAUAGCAACGUCGAGAAGAUCUUUUACGACUCCCUGUUCUACAAGAAAUUGCAGGCCCGGAAAAUCCGAGAAAACCUCAACGACUUUCAACGCUUCAAGGUGUUGCACCUGAAGAAGAAGAUGAACACUUUGAUCAACUUGAAGUACGGGAAAUUAAGAAAGCCUGCACGUAAAGCUUUCUUCAAGAAGCUCGCUGAGAAGAAGGAAAAGAUCGACGCUCUGAAGGGAACCCAAUAAAUCAAUGACAAUUGGUCUGUCAUAGAUAUCCUUGACAAUAUA